GCUGAAGUCGACAUAUCUGGGUCAGGUCCCUGUAUCAGAUGAUCCGUUCCACGUCUGGAACAUUGCCAAGCGUCUCAACACCGAGCCUCAUCUUUUUGACAGAGGCCAGUCUAUCCUUGCCUUGCUGCUGACUUGUCGAGCAAUCGCAAUUUCAACAAAGGAAAUCAUCUUUACUUCGUAGGCAUGGCUGCUCUUGAACAGCUCUGCCGCACUGUGUCUCUCUCCAAGCUGCAUGGCAACGCCUGGACCAUCUUCCCCGACUCUAUGAUCUCCUGUUUCCUGGCUCGCUUCAAGCAUCCACAGCAGGCUAUAUGCUCGCGCACGUACGCGCACCACUUUGAUGACCCUUCAUCCGCUUUCGCUGAGGUGCUGUGGAAUCGUGUAGAUCGGCGCGCAUAUGGGAAGUCGCGUCAUGUGAAAGCAUUGCUGUCGAUCAAAGAGUUUCCCGAGUUGCCCUUUCCAGCGGAGACGAAGGUGGAUGUCAUCCUAGGCACCAUGAUUGGCGUGGCCGACGAUGAAGUGAGGAGGAAGAGGGAUUUCGGGCUUUGUUUCCAGGUUCUUGUGGGAGUGCGAGGUGAUGAUGUCUUACCACGCUGUGCGCGUGAUGCUUGCUGUUCGCUGCUCUCCAGUCCUCAAUGACCGUCAUGACCCAGGCAAUAUUCUCCUCUUAACGUUUCUGUCCGGAUAAUUCUUUCUAUAAGCGCAGGAGUAGAUAGGCGCUAGGGACCUCGUUGUAUCCACACAUCCUAUAAUUCCACUUCAUCUCAAGCAAGCCCAUAAGUGCAUAGCAUGCUUUACAUUCGCAGAAAUGUUUCACGAAGCCCACUCAUUACUCAAGUAUUCAGCACCGAAGCUAGAUG